UUCACGUGACAUCGGAUUUCACGGCUGUCUGACCCGUCGCGUAGCAAGUGCACACAAUCUUGAUCUCGGCAGGCGAAAAUUUAUUUCCCAGUCCCCUAGGAGUAGGCGUUGCGUCUCCGGUAUCGGGCUUAAGGUCUGACUUGCUUUUAAGGUGAAAUUUACGAUGCGGAUUUCCGAUGGCCGCACACACACACUCGGCAUGGCACACUAGAUUGGCGCUAGAGAUUUACUGGUGUUUGGGAAAUGGGGUUUUCCGGAUGCUUCAGGAAGAGAUAAAUAUUUGUUGCCCCGUUACGCUUGAUUGGCAAUUGAUGGGUGUCGCUCAUAAAUGCGGAGUUGGGUGGUUGAUCCGGGUUAAGUACAGCUGAAGUCAUGUACUUUGGAAUGUAAGUCUUUUGACAGUUGGUAACAACUUGACUUACCUCUGAGAAAAAAAAAUCAAGCUAUUGAAACGACCUUGCGGCAAAGGGUUGCCAGUUGGAGCUUCACGCACGUACUCGUAGGUCAGCUUUUGUUUGCGCUCGUUCCGGCCAAAAUAUUUGGGCUGUUGUUUUGCGUCCGCUGCGCCGUACGUGACUCGGUAGUAAAAUGAUACUUCCCGUAUAAGUACGCGCCCAGUGAUCGGACCCUGCAUCAGUUAAUCAUGAAUCGGUUAGCGCUCGUCGUUUGCUGUUGUCUAGCCCUGGUGCUGCCAUCUUACGGUCAGCAAACUGCGGCGGAAGCGCUCAUCGAGGCGCAAGCCAUCUGCUCCGACUACCUGGGCAUUCCGGAGACAAGGGUAGCGCAGUACAAUGCCAGCGUCUACCCGCCGGAUCGGGACACGAUGUGCAUGAUCCGGUGCGCCGGGAUCAUCCUCGGCUUCUGGGACGACGGUAAAGGGUUGCUGCUGGACGGAGCCCGUCAGUUCUUCCCACCCUCCGUAGAUCCGACGCUGUACUCCCAGAAGGUUCUCCAGUGCAUCGAGCGCAAACUAGCCACCUGCAACCCAGCGGACGCCUGCGCCAAGGCCUACUUCUCGUUCCGGUGUGUUUUGCGACGGGCGGAGCCUACUACGCCACCACCACCGACGCCGCCUCCUACGAUCGAGUCCGACAGGCUGACUCCGGAGAAGUACCUCAAAGCGCAGGCUACCUGCGCGAAAAUCCUAAGAAUCCCACCGAACCACCUUAAGCUGUACAAGCAGGGCAUCUUCCCGGACGACGCGGAAACCCGGUGCCUCUUCCGGUGUCUUGGCAUCCGCACGAACCUGUACAGCGACACGGAGGGACCCGAUCUGGAACGACUGCACGCGCAGUUCGCCGAAGAUCAACCGCUGGAGGAGUUCAAAGCCAAAGCCCAACUCUGCAUGGAGGCGAACCGACCGCUGGUCAAGGACAACUGCACCGCGGCGUACCGCAAUCUGUACCUGUGCUUCAAGGAGCACUUCAACGCGUUCAGCUUGAAGCACCGCCAAACGCUGCUGAACACCGCGUCGAAGGGAGCGGAAAAUCAAGCCGAUUUGCUACUGUACAGCGAUGAUAUCUGA